AUGUGUGUGUCCUGCAAAAGUGACAUCUCACGCAGGUGGACAAGUGCUGUCUUCGCCGAAGAAACUACCUUUUUUUUGGCUGCUUGCUAUGCCGGAAAUUGCCUAGCUGUAAAUGCGAUACUGGCACACUCUGCCACCUUCGAUAGGCGAGACGAAAAUGAGGUUGUCGAUCAUGACCACACAGGCGCGAGGCUAUCCUAUAAUCAGCAGAGCCCUGAGCAAGACGAACACACCUCUCUGGCUAGCCGGCAGCCUUGCAUUUGGCAGAAGGAUCGUCUGGGGCGCACUCCACUAAUGCUUGCGUGUUGCACACCCGAAAUCUGGUCUGGUGUCUAUGGUCGUGGAUGCUGUCAUUCCAACCGUGUCCGUGAUGCAGUUGCUAACCAGUUGACUCAGAAGUUCUCUGACAAAGAGCUACAAAUCAAUGAUCGUGAUCAGGAUGGACAAACUGCCCUGCUCUACGCUGGCAGAAAUUCUUUAGACGACGCCUUUGAUAUUAUUUUGCGUGAUUGCAAGACUGUGGACGUCGAUGUACAAGAUCCACUUACAGGAAAUACUCCCCUUCUUUGGCUCCUGCAUCGAAAUCUCCCGGAGGGACGCCCGCGUUGGGACGCGGAAUCAAAUUCUGUGAAGGUGGAUCCGUGGCCCACGUUUUUGGACGAAAAGUAUGAUCCAGAGUCCGCACGCAAUGAGAAUUUCAGACGGCUUCUCCCACACAUAGUUAUGCGCUUGCGAACACGGAAUAUGGACAUGACAGUCAGGAAUCAUAAAGG